AUGACUCGUGUUGCCAAAUUCUUUGCUCCUAAUUCUGAUGGUAUUUCAUUAGCACCCUUGAUUUCGUUGAAUAUUGAUAACAUCCUCCUUGCUAGUUGGUCUCAACUUAAAGAUGCAAUUCAGUUAGGAGGUACUCCAUUCAAUAAGGCUCAUGGUACACAUCUAUUUGACUAUCCUAACUCGGAUUUGAGGUUCAAUCAAAUUUUCAAUACUGCAAUGAACAAUCAUUCAACUAUAGUCAUGAAGAGGGUUCUUGAAUGCUACGAUGGUUUUAAGAACAUAAAAAGAAUUGUGGAUGUUGGUGGUGGUCUUGGGAUGAACAUUAACUUGAUCACUUCAAAAUACACUCAUGUCCAGGGUAUCAAUUUUGAUUUGCCUCAUGUCAUAAAACACGCUCCUUCCUAUCCUGGAGUGGAGCACAUCAGCCGUGAUAUGUUUGAAAGUUUGCCUAAAGGAGAUGCCAUUUUUAUGAAGAAUUGCUAUGAUGCUAUUCCCAAUGAUGGAAAGGUGAAAGUUUUGGAGGCACUUCUACCUAUUAUGCCUAAGAAUGAAGUCCUUUCUAAUACAAGAUAUUAUGGAUCUUUUAUAUAG